AUGACUGAUUUGUUUGGAAACACCAAUUUUGAUGAGCCUAAAACUCCCAAGUCAGGUGUGGACAAUGAAUUAAAUGAAUUUAUAAUGAUGGAGAAACAAAAGGCUCAGUUAACAGCUCAGAUUCACGAAUUCAAUGAUUUUUGCUGGGAAAAGUGUGUUGACAAGCCUGGAACAAAAUUGGAUGGCAAGACUGAAACCUGUUUAAAUAAUUGUGUCGACAGAUUUAUUGAUGUAUCUUUGUUAAUCACCAAUCGAUUUGCACAGUUACUCCAGAAGUCUGCUGGAGGAAUGUAA